GUCCUUACAGGAAUUAGGCAGGAGGUAAAAAGGAUUUGUGAGAGUGAGGACAGACAGUCUGUGACUCAGGAGUGGCUGCACCAUGAGUGUCUCUGCUCUGAGCCCCGUCAGAUUCGCAGGCAGCAUCUCUGGCUUCCUGCAGGUGGCCUCCGUGCUUGGCUUGCUCCUGCUGCUGCUGCAAGCAGUCCAGUUCUACCUGCGCAGACAAUGGCUACUCAAGGCUUUCCAGCAGUUCCCAACCCCACCCUUUCACUGGUUCUUCGGGCACAAGCAGUUCCAAAGUGACCAGGAGCUAUCGCAGAUUAUGAAGUGUGUGGAGAACUUUCCAAGUGGCUUCCCUCGCUGGUUUUGGGGGAGCAAAGCUUACUUUACUGUCUACGACCCUGACUACAUGAAGGUGAUUCUGGGGCGAUCAGAUCCAAAGGCUAAUGGUGCCUACAGAUUGCUGGCUCCUUGGAUUGGCUAUGGUUUGCUCUUGCUAAAUGGACAGCCAUGGUUCCAGCACCGGCGGAUGCUAACCCCAGCCUUCCACUAUGACAUUCUGAAGCCCUAUGUGAAGACCAUGGCUGAUUCUGUCCGGUUGAUGCUGGACAAAUGGGAACAACUGGCUGGUCAGAACUUCUCUAUAGAGAUCUUUCAACCCAUCUCCUUGAUGACCCUAGACACCGUCAUGAAGUGUGCCUUCAGUCACAAGGGUAGUGUCCAGGUGGAUGGAAAUUACAAGACCUACAUCCAGGCCAUUGGGGACCUCAACAACCUGUUUCAUUCCCGUGUGCGGAACCUCUUUCAUCAGAAUGACACUAUCUACAAUCUGUCCUCCAAUGGCCGCUUGGCCAACCGUGCCUGUCAACUUGCUCAUGAUCACACAGAUGGAGUGAUCAAGAUGAGAAAGGAUCAGCUGCAGGAUGAGGGAGAGCUGGAGAAGGUCAAAAAGAAGAGACGUUUGGAUUUUCUGGACAUUCUCUUGUUUGCCAGGAUGGAGAAUGGGGAUAGCUUGUCUGACAAGGACCUACGUGCAGAGGUGGACACAUUCAUGUUUGAGGGCCAUGACACCACAGCCAGUGGAGUCUCAUGGAUCUUCUAUGCUCUGGCCACACACCCUGAACACCAGCAGAGAUGCAGGGAGGAAGUUCAGAGCCUCCUAGGGGAUGGAUCGUCCAUUACCUGGGAUGACCUGGACAAAAUGCCCUAUACCACCAUGUGCAUCAAGGAGGCCCUGAGGCUCUACCCACCUGUCCCAGGCAUUGUUAGAGAGCUCAGCAAACCUAUCACCUUCCCUGAUGGCCGCUCUUUACCCCAAGGUGUCUCAGUCACACUCUCCAUUUAUGCACUCCACCACAACCCGAAGGUGUGGCCAAACCCAGAGGUGUUUGACCCUUCCAGGUUUGCACCGGAUUCUCCCCGACACAGCCACUCAUUCCUGCCCUUCUCAGGAGGAGCAAGGAACUGCAUUGGCAAACAAUUUGCCAUGAAUGAGCUGAAAGUGGUUGUGGCCCUGACCCUGCUCCGCUUUGAGCUGCUGCCAGAUCCCACCAGGGUCCCCAUCCUCUUACCACGACUUGUGUUGAAAUCCAAGAAUGGGAUCUACCUGUAUCUCAAGAAGAUCCACUAAUUCUGUUAUUAUCUUACAGUUCUGGAUCUCAGAAGUCUGAAAUGGGUGUCACUGGCAGAAAAACAAGUUGUUGGGGUGGCGAACCUGAAGAGUCCUCUGGAGAGUCCUUCUCCCCCCAUUCAGUAUAAGUGAUCAUUCCUUGGUGCUGGACUGUCACCCCUGCUUUAAAGCCAGCAUCCUCCAAACCCCUCUCUUCUAACUUCCUUUCCUUCUGCAAAGACUCUUGUGACAUCAUCAACCUCACUAAAAAAAAAAUCCAAGAUAAUUUUCCAGCUCAGUAUGUCUUACUCAAUCCAACAUACUAAGCCUUUUUGAAUUAUGAGGAAAUAAACAUGCAUGGGCUCCAAGACGCAGGCUUGAUCAUCAUUGUGAAGCCAUUGUGAAACCUGGUAUCCCCUUUACAGGACUGUCACCUGGUCUGUUUGUCUACUUCUCUCCUGCACAGUAUCUCUCUACCUGACUGUCCUUCACACAAGUUUCUCUGUCCUCCCUCCUUUCAGCAAUAAAGUUCCCAGUGCCACA